CACUCUUGUUUGCCACUUUUGAACUAGAGCCAGAGUGAACAAAAACAUCCCAAAAGCUCCAAAUCAGAUAAGCACAUAAACAAAACCAUGGCAAUCUCUACUCUAACAGCCUCAACAGCAAAUAUAACCAGCACCCACCAGAGCUUUCAACCCAAACCCACCUCCAAAAACUUGGGUUUCUCCAAGGCCGAAAGCAACAAUGGCAGAGCAAAGCUUUCUUGGGCCUCAAACUUCAGGACAAAGAAGUGGGUUUUGGACGUGGGAAUUGGGCUUUUAGCAGCGGCUUCGGUUGUGGCGGUUUCGCCUUUGGAAGCUGAGGCCACCAGAAUUGAGUACUACGCCACUGUGGCAGAGCCUCCUUGUGACCUCAACUUUGCUCGUUCUGGCCUCGGUUAUUGUGAUGUUCAACCGGGGUCCGGUCAGGAAGCUCCUUAUGGUGAGCUCAUCAAUGUUCACUACACUGCUAGAUUUGCUGAUGGGAGAGUCUUUGACAGCAGCUAUAAGCGUGGUAGACCUCUCACAAUGCGUAUCGGUGUUGGCAAGAUCCUUAGAGGGCUGGAUCAGGGGAUUUUAGGGGGUGACGGAGUACCCCCAAUGCUUGUAGGAGGAAAAAGAAAGCUUCAGAUUCCACCACAGUUAGCGUAUGGACCAGAACCUGCAGGCUGCUUUUCAGGUGACUGCAAUAUACCUGGCAAUGCCACUCUUGUCUAUGACAUUAAUUUUAUUGGUAUCUACUCCGGAAAUAGAAAGUGAAGAGGUUGAAUAACAAGUAUAUGAGAAACCUUACAGAUGA